CCGCGCUGCCUUGGGAGCCGCUGCUGGUCCCGGGCUUGCGGCCUGCGGGGGGAGGCUGCCCGGAGGAGGCGGCGACUGUGGCCGCGGCCGUGCGUCCUCGACCCCCAGGAUCAAAGCUUCCUUCCUGCCAGAGCGACCUCUACCUUGGAAACCAAGGAUCUCCCUCUCCCUUGGCCUAUGUGAUAUAUGGGCAUAGAACGUACAUCAUUCGAUCAUCAUCGGACCAGAUGGUUGACUGCAUUGAAGACACACAGAUCUAGCCACCUGUCCAUCUCUCUGCAAGGGUCCACAAUGGCCACCUUCAGCCGCCAGGAAUUUUUCCAGCAGCUACUGCAGGGCUGUUUCCUGCCUACUGUCCAGCAGGGCAUUGACCAGAUCUGGCUGCUUCUUGCCAUCUGCCUCGCCUGCCGCCUCCUCUGGAGGCUUGGGUUACCGUCCUACCUGAAGCAUGCAAGCACCGUAGCAGGCGGGUUCUUCAGCCUCUACCACUUCUUCCAGCUGCAUAUGGUUUGGGUCGUGCUGCUCAGCCUCCUGUGCUACCUCGUGCUGUUCCUCUGCCGACACUCCUCCCACCGAGGCGUCUUCCUCUCCGUCACCAUCCUCAUCUACCUACUCAUGGGUGAGAUGCAUAUGGUGGACACAGUGACAUGGCAUAAGAUGCGAGGGGCCCAGAUGAUCGUGGCCAUGAAGGCAGUGUCUCUGGGCUUCGACUUGGACCGGGGCGAGGUGGGUGCAGUGCCCUCACCUGUGGAGUUCAUGGGCUACCUCUACUUCGUGGGCACCAUUGUCUUUGGGCCCUGGAUAUCCUUUCACAGCUACCUACAGGCUGUCCAAGGCCGCCCACUGAGUCGCCGAUGGCUACGGAAGGUGGCCUGGAGCCUGGCCUUGGCCCUGCUGUGCCUCGUACUUUCCACUUGUGUGGGCCCCUACCUCUUCCCCUACUUCAUCCCCCUUGAUGGUGACCGCCUCCUUCGCAAGUGGCUCCGAGCCUACGAGAGUGCUGUGUCCUUCCACUUUAGCAACUAUUUUGUGGGUUUCCUAUCUGAGGCCACAGCCACAUUGGCAGGGGCUGGCUUCACGGAAGAGAAGGACCACCUGAAAUGGGACCUGACAGUAUCCAGGCCAAUGAAAGUAGAACUGCCCCGAUCAAUGGUGGAAGUUGUUACAAGCUGGAACCUGCCUAUGUCUUAUUGGUUAAACAACUAUGUUUUUAAGAAUGCUCUUCGCCUGGGGACCUUCUCAGCUGUGCUGGUCACCUAUGCAGCCAGCGCCCUCCUACAUGGCUUUAGCUUUCACCUGGCUGCAGUAUUGCUGUCCCUGGCAUUUAUCACUUAUGUGGAACAUGUCCUCCGGAAGCGCCUAGCUCGGAUCCUCAGUGCCUGUGUCUUGUCGAAGCGGUGUCCACCAGACUGUGCACACCAGCAUCGCUUGAGCCUAUGGGUACGAGCUUUAAACUUGCUCUUUGGGGCUCUGGCCAUCUUCCACCUGUCCUACUUGGGAUCCCUGUUUGAUGUUGAUGUGGACGACGCAACAGAGGAGCAGGGCUAUGGCAUGGCGUACACUGUCCACAAGUGGUCAGAACUCAGCUGGGCCAGUCACUGGGUCACUUUUGGAUGCUGGAUCUUCUACCGCCUCAUAGGCUGAAGCAUAUGCCCCUCAUAGCCCCCUUAAGAUCCCUCUUCAGGGUGCCAGCUUUGAUGGGGGAUGCAGAAAGGCCCUAUCUCUACUCCUAGACUCCUCUGUGUCCUUGAUCCCCACCACUCCUAUGUGCACGUGUGCACACGUACACACAC